AUGGCUAAACAUCGGCUGCAUUGGGGCUUUUGCCCCGCUCUACUUGCAGCAUUCUUCAUUCUCAAAGUGACAUCUGACGUACCAGACGAUGCUCUGGGGUCCUUGGAGUUCACGAAGCCUGAAUACAAUGUUUCCAUCUCAGAGAAUUCCAAACCUAAAACUCAAGCUAUAACUUCCGAAAAGAUGGGCAUAUUUGUUUCCGAUCCAGCACUGGUCUUACGAUAUAAAAUCGUUUCUGGAGACUCGGAUCGAUUCUUCAAGGCAGAAACGCGUCUUGUUGGCGACUUUUGGUUCCUCAUUAUCAGAGUUAGGACCGGCAGUAGGGCUGUUUUAAAUCGUGAGUAUCAGGAUACAUAUCGCCUUCUGGUACGAGCUACCAUUUCUUCGGAUCUUCGACGUGACCUCAAGCAUAAAGCUCAAACGAUAGUUAAUGUUCAAAUUACGGACACUAACGACAUAGCUCCGAAUUUUUAUCCAUCAUCUUAUGAAGUUAGCGUUCCCGAGGACAAGCCUUUGCAUACCAGUAUACUGCAAAUUCAAGCCCAUGAUCCUGACUUCGGUAUAAAUGGAGAAAUAUAUUAUAGUUUACAGGAACCGAGCUUGCAGUUUGCUGUUCAUCCCACCAGAGGAGUAUUGACUCUGACUCGGCAACUUGAAUAUCAAAAAAAGCCUUUCCAUGAUCUUACUGUCAUCGCAAAUGAUAGAGGCAUAAGAUUUUUUUCUGAUCGUGUGGUACAGUUUGCAACUGUGAAAAUCAAAGUGACACCUGUUAAUUUAUAUCCUCCAGAGAUUUUCGUCAAUCAAUUUUCAUCAUUGCUGUCACCGUCUGAUCCAAAUAUUUAUGCCAUAGUUAGAGUCAUUGACAAAGAUCUGGGCAUUCAUGGGGAACUCGACGCUUUGGAAAUAAUCGAUGGAGAUUCAGGCGGAUUGUUUCAAGUGACUCCUGCCAAUAAAUUAAAUGAAUACAAUGUAGAGCUUGCUCAAUCCUUAACCCGAGACAACAAUAUUCCUCAAGAUUACACUAUCACAUUGAGAGCGAGAGAUCGCGGAACUCCUCCCCGUUCAGCGACUCAGGUUGUCACGGUACGAUUGGCGGAUACGUCUGAUGUCGAUCCCACUUUUUCUCAAGCAGAUUACGACGUUGAAAUCGAAGAAAUCGCUCCUCCCGGAUCUAGAGUGCUUCAUUUGACAACUUCUGCCGCUGAAGGAAGACCAAUUGCGUACAGAAUAGAAAGUGGUAAUUCAAAUGGUACUUUUCAUCUGCACACUAAAUCGGGACUAAUGACACUUGCUAUGCCCCUUGACAAAGAAAUUAAGCCAUAUUACUCAUUGACUGUUAGCGCAUUUGAUCCUUCAGCCAGAGGACCGAAACGGAAAACCACAGCGAUAGUCAACGUGAGGGUUCUGGACAACAAUGAUAAUGAUCCUGUGUUUAACAGCACUCACGAUUCUGUCGUUUUUGACGAGAACAAACCGUCCGGGAGCAUUGUAUACACAGCAUAUGCAAUCGACAAAGAUGAGGGUGACAAUGGAUAUAUAACUUACAGUCUUGCUAACUUGAAUCCUGUACCAUUCACAAUGGAUCCAUUUACCGGUGAAAUACGCUCUACAGAGGUUCUAGAUUAUGAAACUAUGCGUAGGGAAUACAUAUUGAAAGUAAGAGCAUCCGAUUGGGGUGCACCUUAUCGUCGACAAGCAGAAAUGACACUAAAAGUUCGUUUGAGGGACGUGAAUGACCAUCGGCCAUUGUUUGAGAAAAUUGGCUGCAAAGGGUAUGUAUCUCAAUCGGCACCUACAAACACGGAAGUGAUGACCUUAUCUGCGAUAGAUUUUGAUCUUGGUAGUACAGUGAAAUAUCGUAUGGUACCGUCUAAUGACGAUCCCUGUUUUCGUCUGGAGCCAAUAUCUGGGGUCUUGAGAAUCACAUGCGAUUUAUCUGCAAUGAAUAUCCGUGAAAGAACUAUCAACGUGUCAGCUACUGAUGGAACUCACUUUGCGGAUGUGAUGUCCAUCCAAUUAAAAGUCAUCAGCAGUGGAAGUAAUCAAAGACUUGCUGACAGAGGCGCUUUGAUGGAAUGUCGAGACGUUGGUGUCACCGAGCGUUAUAAAAAGCAACUUAAUCUAGCCCAGGCAAAUAACAAAAAUAAUGAUAUUCCCGAGCCCACACCUACUAGCUUUUCAGGCAAUAAAUAUUCCCCUGAAUUCCCGCUUGGAUUACCCACUGAAGUUUGGAUAAAUGAGAGUCUACCUGUUGGAUCUGAAGUUACUUUUAUGAAAGCACGUGAUAAAGAUCGAGGAUAUAGUGGUCUUUUAGUUUACGUAAUUUCUGCCGGUGAUGAAUAUAGUUUCUUCAAUAUUGACAUGAAAACAGGCAAAUUGUUUGUGAACGCUGCAUUAGAUAGGGAAUUCGUAUCAGAAUAUAUGUUGAACAUAUCUGCAUUCGAUCUUGGAAAGCCGCAAAGAUCUACUUCUAGAACUUUAGUGAUUCAUGUAGAUGACGUGAAUGACAACAGACCGAUGUUUGAAAAAAGUUCAUACAGUUUUGUGAUUAUGGAAAAUGCUAAAAACGGUACCAGCAUUGUUAGACUUCGUGCAAAUGAUCGAGACGAAGAUGUUAAUUCUGCUUUGACGUUUCAUUUAGAAACAGAUGCUGAUGAAUUUUACAUUGAUCCUCAAUCAGGACUCCUCACCGUUUUUGGCGUUCUUGAUCGCGAACGCACCGACUCAUACCAGUUAAAAGCCAGAGUAGUUGAUGGGUCACCUGAUAACCCCCUCUCUUCUACUACUGUCGUUAAUGUCCGAGUAUUGGACAUCAAUGACAAUGCUCCUUACUUCAGCCUCAAACAGUACUGGGUGAAAGUUCGUGAAGAUCUUCCUCUUGGAGUUGUUGUGAUAGUAAUGGUUGCUACUGAUCCAGAUUUAGACGAAGGUGGUAAAGUAACCUAUGCUCUAUCUGGGGACAAUACCUUUUCCAUAGAUCCAUUGAUGGGUGUUGUUAGACUAGCAAAAACCCUGGAUUUUGAAACAACCCAGUUAUACAAUGUAACAAUUAUUGCCAGAGAUGGUGGAGAUCCAUCUCUUGAAUCACAAGCUGCUCUUGUGGUAGAAGUAGAAGAUGUUAAUGAAAAUAUGUUCCCACCAUCUUUUGAUGAUGUGGUUGUUGUGGGACAAGUUUUGGAAAACCAGCCCAAAGGAACAUUAGUGACUACUGUUACAGCACAUGAUGCGGAUCCUCCUGGUCAAAACAGUCAGUUUACGUAUUCGAUAUUGGAUGGAGACGGAAUGGGAUACUUCUCCAUUGAUGGAAAAGGAUGUAAUGAUUCUCGUUAA